GGCAGGUGAGGGGCGCGGUUAAAAGCCGCCGCCAACAGGGAAGGACUGCUCAACGCCGCGAAGAAGGCCACGGAGGAGACCGGGCCGGGCCGCCUUCCCCGAAGAGACGCCGCUUUUUGGCGAGGAGAGGAGAGGAGCCCAGUGCCGGCAGCGGGGCGACUUUUCCCGCCCUUUCGGUCCAUGGUGCUCCUCGUUCGGCGCGGCGCGCAGGGGCGUUGAUUUCCCUCAGACGCCGCGGACAGGUCCCAGGACUCAAGCGACACAAUGGAUUGGGGGUCACUUCAGGCCAUUUUAGGGGGUGUAAACAAACAUUCCACCAGCAUUGGAAAGAUCUGGCUGACUGUCCUAUUCAUCUUCCGUAUUAUGAUCCUCGUUGUUGCUGCGGAGGAAGUCUGGGGUGACGAGCAAGAUGAUUUUGUCUGCAACACUCUGCAGCCAGGGUGCAAAAAUGUCUGCUAUGAUCACUUUUUCCCCAUUUCUCACAUCAGACUCUGGGCCCUUCAGCUCAUUUUUGUCUCCACUCCUGCUCUCUUGGUAGCCAUGCAUGUGGCAUACAGAAGACAUGAAAAGAAAAAGAAGUUUAUAAAGAAAGAGGGAAACAGCGAAUAUAAGGACUUAGAAGAAAUAAGAAGGCAAAGAUUUCACAUUGAGGGCCCUCUGUGGUGGACAUACACGACCAGCAUCUUGUUCAGACUGAUCUUUGAAGCUUCCUUCAUGUAUGUGUUUUACUACAUGUAUCAUGGGUACCACAUGCCACGCCUACUCAAAUGCAGUGCUUGGCCUUGUCCAAACGUCGUGGACUGUUUUGUUUCCCGGCCCACUGAAAAGACUGUCUUCACCAUUUUCAUGAUCGCAGUGUCUGCCAUUUGCAUUCUGUUAAACGUAACUGAAUUUGGUUAUUUGGUGACAAAGUUUUGUAUUAAAAGGUCUAGAAGAGCAGCAGUCACUGGACAUCACCCCAAUAAUGAGAACAAAGAAGAAAGCAAACAAAACGAAAUGAACGAGCUCAUAUCUGACAGCUGCCAGAACACAGUGACAGGAUUUCCAAGCAGCUAAGACGACCACAAGCCUGGAAGAAAUAAAUGGCCAUAUUCAUAGGCUGCCCAUGAAAGUGAUUAAACUUAACUAUGCAGUAAUUUAAGUGGAGUAAACAUGAGCAUUAUCAUGUUUGAAUUAGGCACAUGUGCUCUGGUUUAAAAGGUCAAGGUCAGCAUAAGAAUAUAUUGAGUAUUACAGAAAUACAUAAUCUCAUGCAUAUUCUGAUAAAAUCAACUCCGAUUUGUUAGAAGUUGAUAUUUUAGUGCCUUCAUGCUGAGAUAAAUCCUAAAGUCCAGUGGUUCUCAACCUGGGGGUCAGGACCCCUUUGGGGGUCGAGCGACCCUUUCACAGGGGUCGCCUAAGACUCUCUGCAUCAGUGCUCUCCAUCUGUAAAAUGGAUAAAUGUUAAGGGUGGGGGGUCACCACAACAUGAGGAGCUGUAUUAAAGGGUCGCGACAUUAGGAAGGUUGCGAACCACUGAGCUAACUGGAAGGGAACUGGCUGUCAUAUGAAAUAGAUUCUAUUAGUAUUAAGACAGUUUACCACAGUGGUAGCAGUUUUUACCUGUGAACUUGCAUAUAAUUAAAGUAUUUUUUAUAAAAUCUGAGAUUUCAUGUUCUUCAAUGUUAACGUGUAUGAAUGAGUAGUGUCUUUUUUAUUAAUAUUUUCUGAAAGACAAACAUGGAUGGUAAUGUCUUCAUUUUAGUUAUGUUGGAGCUGAAUAAUUUGAAAUGUAUAUUUUCAUGCUGUAAAUAAACAACUGUUCUACAGA